AUGGCUCCGGCAGACAUAUUCAUUGGCCACCUGAAAUGUGGCCCCCGGAGGGUUAACAAUGGGUAUUCUGAAGUGAAGAGUCGGCAUAAUUAUCGCUUCCAAUCCCAGGCUGGAAGGGACGUGGCGAUCCAGAGGCCACUCAGUGACAGAGCUGGAGAGAGAGUGAGACAGAGGGAGAGUGGUUGGAUGGGGGCCCAGUAA